AUGUUGUGGACCGCGCAGUCGUGGUGGCAGAGGGGCCGCGCGGGCAGCAGCUGGCUCCCGGGGCUGUUCUUCCCGCAAGGUCUGCUGACGGGGGCGCUGCAGGCGCACGCGCGCCGCCGCCGGCUGCCCAUCGACGUGCUGGCCUUCGAGUUCGAACCCACCGCCGUGUUCGUCGCGCAGGAGGACGUGUACACGCGCCACAAGGGCCCCCAAGGCCAGAGCAAUGUGGACGAAUUCGGAGGGCUACGGGCGCCCGAGGAGGGCAUCAUCAUUCACGGGCUGUUCAUCGAAGCGGGCCGCUGGGACCUGGCACGAGAAUGUCUGGCCGACGCCUUGCCAGGUCAGACGUGGGCGUGGCUGCCGGCGGUGAGGGUGAGCGCACACGUGGGCGCCCCGCAGCCGCGCGGCCGCUACGAGGCGCCGCUGUACCGCACCAGCGCGCGCGCCGGCGCCCUGGCCACCACCGGCCAUAGCACCAACUUCGUGCUGCCCAUUCUGCUGCCGGCCGACCACCCGCCCGACUUCUGGAUCCUGCGAGGCACCGCACUCCUCACGCAGCUCACCGAC